GUUUUGCAGCCUUUUGGCGUGUGUGUUUGGUAAAUGUCAAAGUGUUUUGAUUGUUGACUAACACCUCAGAUAGCAAAAGGGUUUGUUUGGUUGCAGCUUCACCUAUCUAGACUAACAAGCCCUUAUCACAAUAAUGUCAACUAGGUCAGCUAAUUAAGUACAAAAGUUCAUGCAUGAAAGGAUAAUUGUGUGCAUUAAAGUUAGAUGACCUACUUUUAAAACAUUCUAAUAUCAUAAUAUUUUGUCAAAACUCAAGCAUGCAAUAUGCAUAUGUAUAUGUUUAUAUAUAUAGCUAUCACCACAUAUGAAUAUUGAACUUAAGAGGUACAAUAUUACUAAUUUUUUGGUUGUUUGAAAACAAGGAUGAAGAUGAGAAUAGGUUUGGGAGGAAGGAGAUGUUAUACGUUAACAUUGUUGUUGAUUCUUCUUCUUGUGAUGUUGGUGGUGCAUGCUAGUGGUAAAGAUGGGCAAGGUGAGCAAAGUGGCCAAGAUGGGCAAAACAACCAAGGUGGUCGAAAUGGACAAAGUGGCCAAGGUGGGCAAGACAAGCAAAAUGGCCAACAUGGUCAAAAUGGACAAGGUCAGCAAAAUGGACAGAAUGGACGAAAUAGUCAAGGGGGACAAAAUGAACGAGAUGAUCAAAAUGAGCAAGGUGGGCAAAAUGGACAAAAAGGUCAAGGCGGACAGAACAGGCAAGGUGGGCAAAAUGAUCAGAAUUGGCAAGGAGGGCAAAAUGGAGAAGAUGAUCAAAAUGACAAUGGUGAGCAAGAUGGACAAAAUGGUCAAGGCGGACAAAAAGGACAAGGUGGGCAAGGCGAACAAAAAGGACAAGGUGGGCAAGGCGGACAAAAUGGACAAGGGCAAAAUGGUCAGAGCGGGCAAAAUGGACAAGGAAAUCAAAAUAGCAAAGGUGGGCAAAAUGGACAAGGUAAUCAAAAUGGUCAAGGCGAACAAAAUGGACAAGGUAAUCAAAAUGGUCAAGGCGAACAAAAUGGACAAGGUAAUCAAAAUGACCAAGGUGGGCAAAAUGGACAAGGUAACCAAAAUAAUCAAGGUAAUCAGAAUGGUCAAGGCGGACAAAACAGACAAGGUGAUCAAAAUAAUCAGGGUGGGCAAAAUGGACAAGGCAAUCAAAACAAUGAGGGCACACAAAAUGGACAAGGUAAUCAAAAUGGUCAAAGUAAUCAAAAUGGUCAAGGGGGGCAGAAUGGACAAAGUGAUCAAAACAACCAGAAUGGACAAAACGGCCAACGCAACCAAAAUGGUCAAGGUGGACAAAAUGGGCAAGACAACCAAAAUGAUCAAAACGGACAAAAUGGACAAUGGAAUCAAAAUGGUCAAGACGGACAAAAUGGACAAGAUAAUCAAAAUAAUCAAGGUGGGCAAAACGGACAAGGUGAUCAAAACAACCAAGGUGCACAAAAUGGACAAGGUGAUCAAAAUGGUCAGAGUGGUCAAGGGGGACAAAGCAGUCAAGGUGGGCAAAAUGGUCAAGGUAAUCAAAACAGGCAAAAUGAUCAAGACGGACAAAAUAUUGCACCCCCUCCUACAGAAGGAGAUAACACUGGAAAUUGCUUAAGUGAGCUAGUCCCUUGCCUAAACUACAUGAAUGAGAUGAAAGGAAAUGGAAGACCACCUAAAAGUUGUUGUGAUCCUUUGAAAUCAAUGAUAAAGAGACCAGAUUGCUUGUGUAGUUUGAUGAGCACCAAAGGUAGCAUGCAAGCUGAGAAAGCUGGUAUUAACUUGACUAUAGCUCAAGAGUUACCUGCUCAAUGUGGACAACGUGUCAACCCACUUUCAUGUCUAUAUUAUCAAAAUGGUUCUAAAAACUCCAAUAUUUCAAAUUCAGCAAGUGGCUUCUAUUCAAGUCCUUCUAUGGCUCUAUUUAUUGUGAGCCUACACAUUUUCAUGGCACUCAAUCAAAUAAUGACUUGAACAUUAUUAGAAUGUUAAUCCAAUAUUAUAUAUAUUGUGAAUUAUUAUUAGUAUUUUUUUUGUUAUUAUGUAAUUUGAUGUUUUAUUUACAAAAUGUAUUGUGUUGUUUAUUUAGUUAUGAUUCUUAAUAAAACAUUUUGAAAUUUUCUAUCUCAAUUAAUAUUGCUUACUUUAAUUUUCGA